CUAGAGCUCUCUCGGGGAAGCCUUUCUCCAUGGCACUUCCCCCGCUGUUUCCGUUGGGAAGCCGGAAGUCCCGCCCCGACGCCGGAAGCGCAGCGGCCUUGCUUCCUCAGAGUCUCUCUAGACGCCGCGGAGACUGGUUCCCGGCCCCCGGUGGGCGCGGACUUGGCUCAGUGCGUGCUGCGGAGCCGCGUCCCGGGAGUGCGGUCCUGCGGGCCGCUUGCGCGGGAGUCCGGGACUGCGGCCGCGCUAGGAGAGCGCCGAUCCGGCUGCUAGGCGGGUGCAAGGCCAUGAACGGCACGGCGAACCCGCUGCUUGAUCGUGAGGAGCAUUGCCUGCGGCUGGGGGAGAGCUUCGAGAAACGGCCGCGGGCCUCCUUCCACACUAUUCGCUAUGACUUUAAGCCAGCAUCAAUAGAUACUUCCUGUGAAGGGGAGCUCCAGGUUGGCAAAGGAGAUGAAGUCACAAUUACACUGCCACAUAUUCCUGGGUCCACACCACCAAUGACUGUGUUCAAAGGGAACAAGCGGCCUUAUCAGAAAGAUUGUGUGCUCAUUAUCAAUCAUGACACUGGAGAGUAUGUGCUGGAGAAGCUCAGCAGCAGCAUUCAGGUCAAGAAGACGAGAGCCGAGGGGAGCAGUAAAAUCCAAGCCCGAAUGGAACAGCAGCCUACUCGCCCCCCACAGCCAUCACAGCCACCACCUCCUCCACCACCCAUGCCAUUCCGAGCCCCAACGAAGCCUCCAGCUGGACCCAAAACUUCUCCUCUGAAGGAUAACCCUUCACCUGAGCCCCAGUUGGAUGACAUCAAAAGAGAGCUUCGGGCUGAGGUUGACAUUAUUGAGCAGAUGAGCAGCAGCAGUGGGAGCAGCUCCUCUGACUCUGACAGCUCUUCCGCAAGUGAUGAUGACAGUGCCAGCAGCGGAGGAGAGGACGAUGGCCCUGCCCCUCCUCCCCAGCCCUCACACCAGCGGUCCUACAACAGUGGGCCUGCAGUGGCCAAUGGGUCCAGCCGGCCCCAAGGAAGCUCUCAGCUCAUGAAUACACUCAGAAAUGAUUUGCAGUUAAGUGAGUCUGGCAGUGACAGUGAUGACUAGCACCAGGCUUUUGAAAUCGUCUUUCUGGUAUGCAGACAUGCUGCAAGACUCAGCAACUUCUGCCAGGACUCCACACCACAGGAGGAUGUUGCAAAGCAGAGCCUGUAGGAGGAGUUAAGGCCUGGAAGCAUGCAGAUACUCAGUCUUUAACUUGGUGGUGAUGGGUGGUUUUCUCACAUAAUUCUUGAACAAUCUAUUGUUUCAGAGUUUAAGUAGAUCUAUAGGAGAACUAACGGAAUUCUGUUUCCAUGUGGUUAACAUUACUAAUGAAAAACUGACCAAUGUACCUUGGUCUAGGGCAUUCAAAGCCCAUGUCUUCACCAGGCCAGUAAUUCAGCAGUCAUCGGUUUGGCCAGGCGAUCUGUACCAGUAAAAUAAAAGUCUUUGAGGGUUAUGGAAAGAAAAAAGAGAUCCUCAAACUAUAUCAUAGAAAUACAUUAAGACCACUUUACACUGUUGGCAUGAAGUGGUAAGGAAGUUUUGUUCUGAUCCCAGUUGACAAGACCAUAGAAGUAGACCUUGACAGAGUCUUUGGGUCAAUUAGUUGUGUGUGUGUGUGUGUGUGUGUGUGUGUGUGUGUGUGUGUGUUGGAAAUCUAGUAGCUCAGCUCAGUGCAGCUAAGAAAGGGAAGCACACAGCAAGGGAUGGCCAGUCACCUGUCCCUGGUGCAAGCUUUUGCUCACUACUUCUUUGAAUUACAUUUGCUGGCAUCAGAUAUUUCUGCAUGGAACUUUCUGUCAGAUUCCAAAAGAAAAAGCAUUGCUGGUGUUCAACUUGGAUUCAGACUUAGGCAUUUCUUGUGUCCAUGGGGUAGAGUGAGCAGGUUAAAGCAGCAGUUGCCAUGCUGACACAUAAUCCUCAGCCCAUAUGAGGCUUUUGGGUUCAUGUGGAUCCAUCCCUAGGUGUUCUUCAUUCCAUGGGUGUUAGCAGAGGUUAGGAAUCAAAAGGGGAUGUGAUGAAGAAACCUCUGAGCGGAUGAAGCAGGAGAAAGCCUCCAUAGAUGAGAAUGGAUGCAGAAUGGAGUUGUGCAGUGUGGGACAUUCUUCAUGAACUCUGCAGGUGUGGGACAUUCUUCAUGAGCUCUGUUUAUGCUUUUGUGCACUGUUUGUGCCUGACUCCCAGACUGAUUGGUAUUUUUAUAGAGGAGAAUCACAACAUUGCCUUUUGUAGUGUGCUGUUUCCAAAUGACUGUUCCUGCUGGAACAUGGUCACUAGUCAAUGUUCCACAUUGAGGAAGUGUGUGGUGACUUGUAUGUUGCUGCCCAUCUCUGUAGUUAGAAUGAAUAUAUCCUAGGAAAUUCCUGUCUUUGCUUUAAGGUAUUAAUAAUGCUUUCCUUGGGUUCCUCUGCUCACAUACCUUUUCUCCUGAGCUAGUGGAGGGAGGUGGUCUGGACCUAGAAGGGAAAUGGAUGGUCCAUGGUAGGGGUUUAGGUUAGAGUUGUAUCAUAUAGGUCAACUAUUUGAUCCACACAGAGAUUAAAGUGAGCCGAGACUGGGCAGAAGCCAUUGCCCAGCAUCACAUCUACACCACUCUGCCCAAGUACAGGUGGAGAGUGUGCACUGGGACCUUGUGCUGGGGUCUCAGCCCAUUGGGAAUCUCCGAUGGCAGGUGAGAAUCUCUAUAGCAAACUGACAAUUGCUUUAUAAUUCUCUGGUUAUGACAGCUCAGGGAAGGUGAAAGUCAUGAUUGGGUGAUUUGAAUUGUCCCUGGAUGUGGGAAUUGAAUUGUCUUACUGCUUUUAACUUGCUCACCCUGGGGCAGGUUCCAGAAACUUGAACUAAAAAUGCCUAUUCAAGUCUCCCCUUGCCCCACUUUUCUCCACAAAGCCUUGGUUUGUGUAGACAGAACUGUGGUGUUGGCGUGCUGAUCAGUGACUGUUUCUAUAGGAAGUACUUGCAUGUGGCAAUGGGCUUGAAAGUUUAGCCUUCUGAGCCCCAGGCUCCUGUCACUGGCCUACCUAGCACCAUAUUCUUUUGUUGGCGCCAGUUUUGCUCUCUCACAAAUCCUUCAGUGGUCCUAUCUCCUUUCCCCACUACAGUAAGAAAGCCAUUUUUGAAAAUCCAGAAUGUAGCCUCCUGCAUGAUGAUGACAAUGAUGACUUCUCAGGGGUAUCAUUGUGCCAACCAAGUGACUUCCUUCCUGUCUCUGUGCCUUUGCUGUCCCCUCUUCUGCACUCACUCAACCUUCUCCAGAGCUUCUCAGGUACCACUUUCACCAACUCUUCAUUUCUUCCUAUGGGGUGUGCCCUGGUGUGCAUACAGACUGCCUUUCUCCUACCUGGUCUCUGGUUGGUAUGAGCGCCUCAAAAGCAGGGACUGUCAUCACAGAACUAGAUAUGCACAUACUCCUAGCCUGGUGGAGAAGAGGCUAAGACAACUAGUUAAAGACUGAGGAUAAACAUAGGGGAAACAUUCCAGGCAUUGAGACAAUGCUGAAAUUACCCAUGUAAGUCCCUACUGAAUUCUUAAAUUACCUUUUAUUUGCUCUAUGCAAUGUUGGCCAUUUGGGUAGGGUGGGGAAACUAGUUCUACAGAGACACCAUGGCAAUCCUUUAAAAAAUGUUGGGAAAAUGCAAUACACAUAGACUAGAGAUUUGUAAUAAUGCAACUGGUUAUUCUAUUUCUGUAGCAGAAUAAUUUUCUCUAUGGGUGGUUUGCUGCAGUAAUAGGGAAACUUGAAAAUUCCAAAGUCUUUCCUUCCCUUUUUUAAGCUUGUGUGUGUGAGUGAAUGUCAUAUUUAUUACAUUAUUUUGAAAGAGAAUUAUUUGUCUAUUUGUAGAUAUGUCUUAAGAAUAGCCAAAGUGGAUCUUUCCAUUUGGCAAGGAACAUAGACUUUCUAAGACUCAGGCCUUAACCAGUAGCUUGGAAGACCAACUCAAGUGUUAGGAAAUGUGUAUUUUUGUUGCCUCUGUUGUUUCAGUUUUAGAUCCGUUGGACCCUUUAAUAAUAUUUAAAAUCUUGUGCCUAAAAAUUCAUUUUGCUUAAUUCUGAUGUAGACAUUGCAUGUUUACAUUUAUAUUUGCUGUAUAGUCUCUUUCAAGAUGAAUAUAUUUAAAUAAAAAUGAAGGUCAGCAAUAUA